AAAAUUUAUUAUCGGGUAGUGAUAAGAUCGAAAAAUUGUCCAUCUUUCAUGAUCGACUAUCUCUCUGCCCUCUCUUCUCCUACAGCAAUACCCCCCUUCUUUUCAGCCUUCUCGAAUACGUUCUUUAAUUCAUAAUCACCAUGUCCUCUGUUGCCAACGAUAAUCUGGAGGGCGUCGACGAGACCGUCCUCACCUUGCGCAAGGUUCUUACCUCCGAGUCCGAGCCCCUCGCUCGCCGGUUCCGCGCCCUUUUCUCCCUCAAGUACCUCGCUUGCCUCCAACCUCCCACUGAGAAGACGUUGCCUGCUAUCCAAGCCAUCGCUGCUGGCUUUUCGUCCAAGUCGGCACUCCUGAAGCAUGAGCUUGCCUACUGCCUCGGGCAGACCCGCAACCCCGACGCCGUCUCGUACCUCCAGCAGGUCCUGAAGGACACGGAAGAAGAUGCCAUGUGUCGCCACGAGGCUGCGGAAGCUCUCGGUGCUCUCGGUUAUGAGGACAGUCUGGAGAUCUUGAAAUCUCUGAGAGACAACGAGAAGGAGCUCGAUGUUAUCCGCGAGACUUGCGACAUCGCGGUGGAUCGCAUUAUCUGGGAGAACUCCGAGGAGAGAAAGGCCGAGAAGUUGAAGCCUAGUGACUUCACUUCCAUCGACCCUGCUCCGCCACUUCCCAUGGCUACAGAGCAACCUUCCAUUCCCGAAUUGGAGAAGACCCUGCUCGACACAAAACUUCCUCUGUUCCAGAGAUAUCGCGCCAUGUUCGCAUUGCGUGACCUUGCCUCCCCUCCCGACUUGCCCACGGCCGUCGAGGCUGUCGAUGCGCUGGCCAAGGGUCUCAAGGAUCCCUCCGCUCUUUUUCGUCACGAGGUUGCAUUCGUCUUUGGCCAACUGUGCCACCCUGCCUCCGUGCCUUGCCUUACGGAGUGCCUGAGCGAUCAAGCAGAGAUGGGUAUGGUGCGACACGAAGCCGCGGAAGCCCUUGGCAGCUUGGGCGAUGUGGAGGGUGUCGAGGAUACAUUGAAGAAGUUCUUGAACGAUCCGGAGCAGGUGGUGAGAGACAGCAUCAUCGUGGCGCUUGAUAUGGCGGAAUUUGAGAAGAGCGGAGAAGUCGAAUACGCCCUGGUGCCAGAUUCGGCUGCCCCUGCUGCGGUAUCUGCUUGAUUUGAUGAAUUAUGCGAACAAUGAUAUUACAGUGUCGGUAAAUAGUUGCUUUCGUGCCUCAUGGAUGUACAAAUAAGGGCCAAAAAAUAGACGUCAUG